GCGAGGACCCCUGCGACGGCUGCGACGACGGACUCGUGGGCGUGAAAAGCGGGAGUCUGGGCGGCAGAUUUUCUGUAGUUGUUUUAUAAACUAGGCUUCUUUCUAUUUGCUCGUUAGCCUUCUCCUAAUCAGUGUUACCCGCUGCCUUCAACAGCAUGUCUGUGAGCGAGAUCUUCAUUGAACUGCAGGGAUUCCUGGCUGCUGAGCAGGACAUCCGAGAGGAAAUCCGGAAAGUUGUGCAGAGUUUAGAGCAGACAGCCCGAGAAAUUUUAACUUUGCUUCAAGGGGUUCAUCAAGGUGCUGGAUUUCAGGACAUUCCAAAGAAAUGUCUGAAAGCUCGAGAACAUUUUGACACAGUAAAAACACAGCUCACAUCUCUGAAGACCAAGUUCCCUGCUGAACAGUACUACAGAUUUCAUGAGCAUUGGCGGUUUGUAUUGCAACGCUUGGUCUUCCUGGCGGCAUUUGUUGUGUAUUUGGAAACAGAAACACUUGUGACCCGAGAAGCAGUUACAGAAAUACUUGGCAUUGAACCUGAUCGAGAAAGAGGAUUUCAUUUGGAUAUUGAAGACUAUCUCUCUGGAGUGCUAAUUCUUGCUAGUGAACUGUCUCGUCUCUCAGUUAACAGUGUCACUGCUGGGGACUAUGCCCGUCCUCUUCAUAUCUCUACUUUCAUUAAUGAGCUAGAUUCUGGCUUCCGACUCCUGAACUUAAAAAAUGAUUCACUGAGAAAACGAUAUGAUGGCCUGAAGUAUGAUGUGAAGAAAGUAGAAGAAGUGGUCUAUGACUUGUCAAUCCGAGGUUUCAAUAAGGAAGCAGCAGCUGCUUGUACAGAGAAAUAGAUUUCCUACUUGUUGACCUUGCUUACCUCUGAUAGUUGCCAGUGAGGGAUGGGAGCUUUAAUAAUCCCUCUCCUGUGGUAGUUUAGAAGAUGCAAAUGCUAAAAACUUCUCUUUAUUUUCUUACCAGUUGCAUGGUGCAGGUAUAAGAAAUGAGACACUUUUUUAAAGGAAAAAAAAAAAGCCUUCAGAAGGACAGAAUUCCCUUUGUUUGAGUGAACCUAUUCUAUAAUUUAGUGUAUUUCAGUUCUGCCAACAGUAGUGACUGCCAACUUCUCGGUAAAAAUAGUUCUCAUGUUAAUCCUGACUUCCUUGACUUAUUGUAUUGAGUGUUUGAUGUCUUGCUUGUACAUUUUUCCCUCUGUGAUAAUUCCUACUCUUUACAUAUCCCAAAAGACAGAUCAUUCAUGCCUGGAUCUGGCAUGAACUUAUAAAUAGACAAUUAAAAAGAAUUUUUAUAAAAUUAAAAAAUAUAUAAAACAUGCUUUCUGGUUAAAUAAUGCUUUUGUUAAUUCAAGUCCUGUGAAUGAAUUGAGUGUCAAAAGUUUUAUAUGGGAAGUAUUUCUUAAGUAUUCUUAAUAUUUGUAAAAAUAAGAUUUGAUUUGCAUAAUCAAGCUAGAAAUUAUUUGAGAAGGUGAAGUGUCUAUAUAGGUGUUAGUUUUUGGUGAUUUUUUUUGGACCCUCUUUAAAGGAUGCUAUUAGGCUCAAACAAAAAUUUAAUCUUUAAAAAAACCUUUGCAUUUUGAUGUUGCCAGAAUGAUUCAUUUUCAUAAGAAUUACCAUAAGAACAGUCUGUUUUAAGUUAUAAUCACAUGCUUCAUAUGAUAGAUGCCUAGAUGACAAAUCACAUUUCUAGAAAUAUCAUCAUUUGUUUUUGCAGAAAUUUAAAUAUUUUUUGCAGAAAUUUACAUAUUUAUAUUACAUAAAUGAGAAUUCAAUAGCUUGUACCUUGUGUAAAAGAAAGGUAUUACCCUUAAUACUGUACUUGUGAGGUAUGAUUAAUCUCAAAUUGAAUGCCAUUGGUUUCCUAAGUACCAGUAUCAGAUUUUAGAUUGAUGAAUUUUGGUACAUUAUUUCAGCUUUCUCUUUUUCAAUUGGUAGGCUGAAUUAAGGAUACACUCCAUCAGUUAUUCAUGGAUGUAAUGAAUGUUAUUAAGACUUUAACUAUACUGCUUAGAGUUAAUUGAAGGAAAGUUGUCAUUCUUUAUACUUGUAAUACAAAGUAGUUAAUAGCCUAGAGGUUGAAUAAUAGUCAUUCUGUUUGUAACAUAGAACAAACACAACCAUAAUUUAAAUUAAGGAUUUUGGCCUUUUUGCUAAGGAAAAUAGAAACAGUGACACAAGUUAUUAUAGAGAUUAAUUUAUAAACUGUUGACAGCAUAUAAUUUACAGACUAUUGACAGCUGUGAAUUUUAAAGAUAAUCAAUGGGAAACAUUUUUGAGAACUCUUUCAAAAUAGUGGAUUGUAGAAAGGUCUGCUUUAAAGGACUUAGAAAGAUGCUCAGGCAGGUGAAGCAAGGCAUUUAAAAUAAUAUCACUAUCAGAUCUGAAAAGAAAAGGCUUUUCACUUACAUGAUCUAAAGAAGAUGGGGAGUUGAUAUCAAAUUUUAAAAAAAUAUUGAUUCUGCUUGAGAGUGUCCAAAGUUCUGUGGGAAAAAUGCAUUCAAAUGGGAGGACAAGUUGAUUUUUGAAUGUGUGUUUUGUUUAUUUGUUUUGCUGUAUUGCUGUCAUAUAAGAAAUAAAUUUUUUUUAUUAUUUGUAGUGGUAA